GCGUUCUAUAUAAUGUGAACAAGUUGCCCAAGCGCACACUACCACACUCACGCGCACGCCGCCAACAUCCACCCACAAAACACUCGGGAGCGGUCAGUCCUGCACCUCCAAGCCCCAGUCAGUCUGCGCUCACGCAUCCGCCACUCGGACACAGUGCGCGCUCACUACAGUGAUACUGUGACAGUGACAGUACCCGUUAAACCAAACAACAUGAACCACUACGUCAAAAUCGCGUUAGUUGUGUGCGCGUGCAUAGCUCUGACAUCAGCCCAAUUUGGGCACUAUGAUGUCGAUUUUUCCGACUUCGGGACCAGUUUCGGAGGUGCGGGGUACAAUAGUUACGCAGCGGCCGCGAGAGACCCCCGGGCUAACCAGGGUAAGGGGUUCCAAGGUCCAGUGCUGUUCCCUCCAUCCCCCAGCGGUGACCCCUCCCAAACCAGCGGCGUGGUCGUAGGAGCAUCAGGCUACGGCUUUGUGCCCCCCGGCUCCCAAGGCCCGGCGAUACCUAGGUUUUUCUACAGAAGACGUCUUUAUCUAAGAAGGUAGAACACAAUUAGUUAAAUCAAACACGAAUGGUGUCUACGUUGGUUUGUACAAAAUAAUUAUUUAAUGAUUGCCUGAGUACCUUUUUGUGUAAAAUUAAUGAAAAUAUUGAUUUAUGAACGUGUCAAAUAUCGCCAUGUGUUUAUAAAUAUUGUAUAAGGCUUGUUUCACCAUUUUAAAUGAAUGGUUUAAUUUUGAUUGGCAGGUCAUCAAUAAUUUUUCAUAGCCCUCGACUUAAUGAAUUAAUUUAAAGCAACAUGAUUUUAAAUUAAGGCAAAUCUUUAGCAUAAUAAUCUUGUUAUGGAGUAGUUUAACUACGUAAAGAAUUUGCUUUGAUUUAGAUGUAACUUUUAUAACGUAUAAAUUAAGUGUAUUUUCAAAUGUAUAGGUAGGAAUUGUUGAAUAACUUUCUUAGCUUUAAGCAUCAUCUAUUAACAUACUCUAUACAUAUAUUUAAUCAUGUAGGUAGGUAUACUUUGUAAGAUUUUAUCAGAAAAGCUUUCUUUAAAUAACAUUCUGGUGAGACAAGGCUUAUAGCUUAUGUAUUCAUAUUAUGUAAAUACAACACAAUGACGAAAAACUGUGAUAACAAUAAAAUAAGUAUGUAUCUACAGAGAAGGAAGAUGUAAAGUAUUCUUUAUCCCUAUAUAUAAUAGGUAUGUGCCGAAUGUUGUGUAGGUAUUAAUUUUGUAUGAAAAUGGGAAUUAAUGUGAAAAAUAGUAAUGUAAAUAAAUAUGAAAAAUGUAUAUAAA